CAGACGCGAACCCGCGCGCCUUCGUGUAGGCGUGCGCGCGCCCGAGUGCGUGCCUUGCCGGCGUCGGCUCCCGCGGACUGGGAGCGCAGCGACCUGCAUCGCGGAGCAGGGACGUCGGCGAGGAGUGGACAGGUGGAGGUGGGGAUGCGGCACACGACGGGACCCCCCGAGGGGCCGAGUGGGCGCGCGACGUGAUCGCUCCUCAUCUACCACAGAACCCCAUCCAUUGUCCUCUGGCCCCGCCCUUCACCCCAUCCCUCGCCACUUAUUGGCUGCAGGUCACGCCCCUCCUUGAUCCCUGUCCCUAUUGGCCCUUCUUCCACGUUAUCCUCUCCCGGGUUUCUUAUUGGUGCAGGCCACACCCUCUCAUUUGUCACCAGAUCCCGCCUUCAGUGAUCGCGGGCUCCUCCCCUAUCCCUCCGUUCAUUCAUUCUGCCUCUGGUGCUGGGUGCUUGGGAAAUGGGGGCUAAUAAGAUCUGUUCCUGCCCUCGAGGAGUUCAAGGGAUGGUGGGGGGACACCCACCCAGGCUCCGGCAGUGACAGCCCGAGGCGGUGGAGAAGCCUGCUUAGGCACUGGGGAGCCUCUAGACGCCGGAAGGCUCUCCGGAGGAGGUGAGGCCUGAACUGAGCCCUGAAUGAUGGUUAGGAGUUUGCUCCAGGGAGACAAUGGGAGGGCGUUCCUGGCGGAAGCACCUGAGCCUUGAAAGAAACAGGUGUAUGCUGGUGAUUGCGAGGAGGUAGGUUGAAUGAAAGAAAGGGAGUAGAGGGUACUGCACCAGAGAUGAGCAGGGGGUCUGGUAAAGUGUCCAAUUAGUUGAGGAGAGGUGAAGCCUGAGGCCUGAAGCCUCUUGAAAAGCAGCUGGUCACUAGGCUGUGGGUGUGGGGCGUGUACCGAGGGGGACGGUUAGGGCUAGAUGGUGGAACAAAGUUCAGGGAAGAAAUGAUUCCAGUUCUGAGAAAGAGAAGGAUUCUCCUGAGUUCUUUUAUUGAACAACUGCUCUGGUUCAGGCCCUGUUCUGGGUUCUGGGGACACAGCUGUGGACACUGGAGAUAAGGAAACAGAUGGAGAAAUAACAGCAUAUGUUUAUGCUGAUGGAAAUAAUCCAGUAGAGAGGAAGAAAUUGAUGAUGUAGGAGAAAGAAAUGCUGGAAUUGUGUCUCUGAGCAGGCAAAGGAUUGGCUUGGAGGCUGGAACAUUCCUUCGGUCUCCAGGGAGAGACUGAAUCAGACUAAGCCCUGGCACAGAGUCAAGGGUCAUCCAUCCAGGUAGCUGAGGCCGUAGCACACCAGCUCCCAGACAGGGUAGGCGCUGAGGAGCCAUUAGAACCACGAGGAGGGGGACAGUCCUUCCUGCAGGAGCUCACAGGCUGAGGGGAUGCCAGUAACCACCCUCUGGGUUGGGAGGUCAAGAGUGAGGGGAGUUGGAGUGGCACAGCUGAAUGUGACCCCCCGGACAGAAUGGUGCUGGACUCGGGGGCCCAGGUGUAUGAGCGGGCACCCCCCAGCCUGCCCGCCAGUCCCCCAUCCCUGCGCACCAGCCUGAAGCCUUCAGUCCGAGAUGGGCCACCGCUGUACCCCUGGCCUCGGUCCCUGGCCUUGCCCCUGGCUCUGUCAGUCCCCUCGGCCUUGCAGCACCGGCCGGAGCUGCAGCCUCUCUCAGCGCUGCGUUUGGGCUACCGUGGCCACAUGCGCCGCAGUGAGAGCACCUGCUCCGUAAAUAGCACUGGCCUGCGGGGGGGCAGCACCCAGGGACGGGCGCUACCUGGACGGGUACGGGACCUUGGUGGGGCCACCCUGCGGUCUGCAGCCUCCCUGCCUCACAUUGCUAAGACCCAAAGGGAUGCAGGCCGGGGUGCCAGCAGGAGCCCCUGCAUGCUGGUGGCUCUGCGGCCAACCAACAUGGACUGCGAGCGGGACAAGUUCUUCCAGUCCCAUUACACCUACAACCCGCAGUUCGAGUACCAAGAGCCCAUGCCCACAGCCGUGCUGGAGAAAUACCGUGAGGCCUCCGGGCAGUUCAUCCAUCAGGCAAUUGGCAUCAUUGAGGCUGUCCUGGAGAAGUUUGGCACCUACGAACACUUUGAGGCUGCCACCGGAGGCCAGCUGCUGACUAAGUGCCAGAUCUGGUCCAUUGUGCGCAAAUACAUGCAGAAGGAGGGCUGUGCGGGGGAGGUUGUGGUGCAGCUGAGUGAGGACCUGCUGUCCCAGGCAGUGAUGAUGGUGGACAACAGCCGACCCACACUGGCCAUCAACCUGACCGGAGCCCGCCAGUAUUGGUUGGAGGGCAUGCUGCGGCACGAGAUAGGUACCCACUACCUGCGGGGCGCGAACAACGCGAAGCAGCCGUGGCACAGCGCCGAGGGCCGGCUGCAGUACGGGCUGCGGCCGGCUAACCCCACCGAGGAGGGCCUGGCCAGCCUGCACAGCGUGCUCUUCCGCAAGCAGCCCUUCCUGUGGCGCGCCGCGCUGCUCUACUACACCAUCCACCGCGCCGCGCGCAUGUCCUUCCACCAGCUCUUCCACGACCUGGCGCGCUACGUGCAGAGCGCCGACGUGCGCUGGGAGUACUGCGUGCGCGCGAAGCGCGGUCAGACCGACACCUCGCAGCCGGGCUGUUUCAGCAAGGACCAGGUUUACUUGGAUGGCAUCGUGCGCAUUCUGCGGCACCGCCAGACCAUCGAUUUCCCACUGCUGACGUCGCUGGGCAAGGUGUCCUAUGAGGAUGUGGACCACCUGCGGCCCCAUGGGGUGCUGAACAAGACCCGGGUACCCCACUUCAUGCAGGACCUGGCACGCUACCGGCAGCAGCUGGAGCACAUCAUGGCCACCAACCGCCUGGAUGAGGCAGAACUGGGCCGCCUGCUGCCCGACUGAUGCUGGUCGAGGGCCACAAGCAGAGGUCCUCGGCAAAGGACUCCAGGCUGGCCCCCAGAACAUGAAGCUCUCUGCUCUGUGCUUCCAUGGCCUGGGUCUUUCUUGGGGAACUGGGAGGGCAGGAGCAUCCCAGGAGGAAGGAAUGGCAACAUCAGAGGGUUUGUGUCCCUUGCUAGCCUUCCUGGGGCCUGGGGCCUGUGACUGGCAGCAACAUGCCAGGCGAGCUAAGUCUGCUUUCCUGCCUCCUGCUUUCUGUUGAGCAGAGGGGAGGCCUAGGGGAAGAAGGGGAGCUAAGCAUGGAUGGGGAUGGGGGGUGGUUUGGGAGUGGAAACUUGUUCUUGCAUGAGAUGGCUUUGGAUGUCUGGGGACUCCAGUCCCUCCCUUUUGCCACCUGGCCCCUUGGUGCUCCUUCAGCUUUCACGCUGCCUACCUCUGACUGGGUCCUGGUGGGGGGGUCAGGACCCCUUCCUCAGCUGGGCUGGGUAUGCUGUCCAGUGUAUUUGCCUCUCCAUGUAUUGAUUCCUUAUUUAUGGACUCUAUUUCCUGGGGCUGGGAGGCAGCAGCUCCUAAGAUUCAGAGGAGUACAGGGCUCCCCUGAAAGGUACGAAUGUUUCCUAGACCAUUCCCAUCAGUCUCUGACUCUCACAUGUACACACUGCUUCAGGCCUUGUGGGCUGAGCCCCAGAGCUCACCUGGCCCUGCCUCCACCACCUCCCAGCUGGCAUCUGGAGAGGUCUGCAGGGCCUGGCAGCAGCCACAGUCAGUGAACCUAAGGGGCAGGCCCCUGGGAUGUGUUGUCCCAAGUCCUGAGCCUCUUCUGGACCAGAAGUGCAGAGGUGAUUGUUGCUUCCAGUUUCACCUCAGACUUGCUGUAUGAGGUUGACCCAGUCCCUGUCUUUCCUGGGCCCCAGUUUUCCCAUCUGAAAAACUCAGAAACACAGCUGUAAAGUCUAUUCCUUCGUCAACGAGUACAUAUAGAGUGCUUUCCACGUGCCACUUCUGGCCAGAACCCUCUCUGAGCUCCCAGUCCAGGAGGAAGUCAGACAAUUAAAACAGCAAUUACAAUGAA